UUACCGAAUACUACAGGGUAUUACAGUGUAUUACUGAAUACUACAGGGUAUUACAGUGUAUUACUGAAUAUACUACAAAGUCAUACAGUAUAAAAUACGACAUAUUACUAAGUACUACAGUGUAUUACUGUAUGUUACAAAGAUAUUACACUAGGCAGUAGUAUGUAUUGACAACAUUACGGCUUUGAUAAAGUGCUUAACGUCGUGUGUCGGAUGCAGUUAAGCUGCCGUCGGGGCGAAGAAUACGACAAUGUCGGAUAAGACAUAUUCACAGACUAUAUGGACCCUUCCAUGAAGUGCUACCCGCAAUAACAGGGCAAUUUCGAACGGAACAUUGAACGCACGAGAGAAAACAAGAUGGUGGAUCCAGGAUCAAAAACGACGAGCAGAUUGACCAAAACAAGGGCAAAAGCAAAUACUUCGCGUUCAAAAAAGACGAAAAAGUUGGCGGCAUCUAAUAUAGAUACAAGAGUCGAAAAAACUUACGAAAAAGACUAUUUGUUUACGUUAGAGGAAGUUUUGAGUUUUGGGGGAGACAAGGACGAUUAUGAGCGUCUUCUGUCAAUUGAUGAAUCUGAAGAACUGGAAAUAACAAAUACAGCCCAUGACGAUUUAUCGGAGCUAAAAAAUGAACUUCAAUCUUAUAUAAAUAAUCUGGGGCUUGAUAUUUUGGAAGUAAAACAAGAAGCUCCAACGGCAUCACAAGGUGACCUACCCAAGAAAAAAAGUGCAGAGAAAAAGGAGGAUGUAAAGACAGAGAAAAUAAAACAGGAGGUUGCAGAAGAUAUUAAUUUUAAAGCAUUUUUGUCUUCCUUAUCAAACUUUAAGCAUGACAAAUGCUUACUAAAAAAUUGUGUCCCAUGGUAUAAUCAGGUCGCUCAUUUGCAGAAAUCUCAUUCCUCUUUCAAUCCUCAAGAAAUAAAAGACGUUCAAUCUCUUGCAAUGAAGUACUGGCAAAAUGAUGUGGAAAUGUAUCAAAUGGCAAAAGAAGCAGAUAAAUCUUCUGACACUCAUUGGUUGCGAACAGUUUUGAAGUCAGGAACUCAAAGUGACAAAGUGGCUUCUUUGACUAUGCUUACACAGGAAUCUCCAAUUCAUUGUAUGAGAAGUUUGGAAGCUCUAAUGAAUAUGGCAAAGAAAAAAUCAAGACGAGAAGCUUUAAUUGCUGUUGAUGCAUUACGUCACCUUUGGAUUUCUGACAUUUUACCGGAAAGAAAAUUAAGAGUAUUUGAACAGAAUCCAUUUCAAAGUCUAAAGCAGCUAUGCAAUGAUGGAAGAAAAGACUCACAGAUUAAAUUACUAAUGACAAUGGCAUUCGAGCAUCAGUUAAAAUCUACAUACUUACAGUACAUCGAAAUAAUACAGAAUUUAUCAAAGGAUCCUCUCGUAAACAUUAGAAAUAAAGUUUUAGGCAUUAUCUAUGAACUUUUGGUGCUGAAACCUGAACAGGAACAAAAAUUAUUGGCAAUGUUGGUAAAUAAACUUGGUGAUCCAGACAAAAAGGUAGCUUCAAAGUCAUCUUACUUGAUGUCCCAACUCAUACUAAAACAUCCAAACAUGAAAAAUACUGUCAUCCAAGAGGUGGAAAGAAUGAUGUUUCGACCAAAUGUUUCAGAAAAAUCUCAGUAUUAUGCUAUAUGUUUUCUCAAUCAAAUUGCCUUAUCCCACCAAGAAAAAAAUGUUGCAACAAAAUUAAUAUCGAUAUAUUUUUCAUUCUUCAAGGUUACAGCUACACGCUACAAAAAUAAAAAAUCAGUAGACGCGCAGCAAACAAAGUUACUAAGUGGACUAUUGACUGGUGUUAACCGUGCUUUUCCUUAUGCUCAAGGAGAAGACGGGGAAUAUGACGAGAAGUUGAACACGCUGUUUAGAUUGACACAUAUCGAUCAUCUUGGGACUAGUAUACAAGCUUUCAUGUUGAUCUACCAAGUAAUGGAGUCGAGGCAAUCCGUGUCUGAUCGAUACUAUCAGGCAUUGUAUGAGAAACUGCUUGAUCCAGAGAUAAAAAAUUCAUCAAGACAUACAAUGCUUUUAAAUUUACUAUUUAAAUCAAUGAAAAAUGACCCCGCUUUGAAGAGAGUAAAGUCAUUCAUAAAACGGUUAUUGCAACUAUGUUCACAAGAACAACCUUCGUUCUCUUGUGGAGUUCUCUUUCUGCUAUCCGAGAUCAUCAAGGUUAAACCUGGUAUCAAAACUAUGAUGCAACAAAUUGAGGAUGAAGAUGGAGAAGAACAUUUUAAGGACGUUGUUGCCAGUGACUGUGAAGUUGGAAUUGAAAACGACAGUCAAGAAAAUGAUGACGUGAUACGUGAAGAUACCACAGGUGAAGAAACAAAACCAACAAGACCUUCUUGGACGUUUAUAAAUAAAGAUACGAAAAAUGAAACAUAUGACAUAAAUCAUAGAAACCCACUCUAUGCUGGUGCAGAAUUUUCAAGUGUCUGGGAGGCUAUACCAUUGUUAAAACAUUUCCAUCCAUCAGUUCAGCAUUUCAGCUCCUCGGUAUUGCAGGGAGAAAUCAUUGAAUAUAAAGGAGAUCCACUGCAAGAUUUUACAAUGAUUAGAUUUUUAGACAGAUUUAUGUAUCGAAAUCCAAAGAAGAAAGAAGUAGAACAUGGAACUUCUCUUAUGCAGCCAAAAGAAUUAUCCUCGCGAUUGAAAGAAGAACCAGUAAAUUCAAAAGUAUUUCUACAAAAAUCUAAAGAUAAAAUAAGACAAGACGAGUUGUUUUUCUACCUCUACUUUAAACAAACAGAAAAAUCGGAUAAAAAAUUAAAAACAGAGAAGAGUGAUGGGGACGAAGAAGUAUUAUCUGAAGAAAAUAUAUUUGAUGUUGACUUUGCAAGUGAGAUGAAAAAGAACAAGAAUAAGACAUCGAAGAAUGAAGAUACUGGAGAAAGUGAAAGUAGUGAAGAUGAAUUUGGGCGAGAUGAACUUUUCGAUUAUGAUAAUAUGGGAGAAGAGAGUGAUGAAGACUUCGAUGGAACGCCAGCUCAUAAAGACAAGAAAUUUGCAGAUAAAGAUUAUGAAGAUGCCUUGUUUGAGAAUUUAAACUCAGAUGGCGAAUCGAUCGAUGGUGAUGAUUCUGAAGGAGCUAAGAUAGAGUGCAAUAUGGAUUCCAUGUUUGCUACUGCAGAUGAGUUUGCACACUUACUUGAAGAUGACGAAAGAGAGAAAAACAGUUCAGGCGUACAUCCGAAACAACAAGAAUGGGAGCAAAGACACGACAAGAAAAAUUGGAGACGUGGCAAACGGAAGAAGUUUAGUGGAAAGCUUCAAGUUAAAGGCCAACAAUAUAACGAGAGAAGGAAAGUGAAAAAGACUUAAUAUUAUGUUUUUUAAUGAGGAAUAUAUUAUGCACUGAA